AUGGCUUUUAAGGAUACUGGAAAAACACCCGUGGAGCCAAAGGUGGCAAUUCACUGAAUUUGAAUCACUCUACAGAGCUACAACGUAAAAUCCCUGGAGAAUAUGUGUGCUGACUUGAUUAGAGGAGCAAAGGAAAAGAAUCUCAAAGUGAAAGGACAAGUUGCAUUGCCUACCGAAGCUUUGAGAACCACUACAAGAAAAACUCCUUGUGGUGAAGGUUCUAAGACAUGGAAUCAUUUCCAAAUGAGUAUCCACAAGGGACUCAUUGAUUUGCACCAUCCUUCUGAGAUUGUUAAGCAGAUUACUUCCAUCAGGAUUGAGCCAGGAGUUGAGGUGGAAGUCAACAUUGCAGACACUGAAGUCAGCUAUAUUAAUAAAUUGAUUACCACUUUUUAA